AUGAGCAACAUCCUCGACUGCCUGGCCGCCGGCCCCGCAUCCAUGCCAAUGCCUGGACAAGCCGAAGCUGAAGCUGUCCGAGCUGACCGACACGACGACCGAGACACGCCAUCGCAACAGUUAUCUGCUUCAACUCCCUCGGCUCCCUCAGACCAACCUGCCGCCAUAUCCACCGACCCACCCUUGUCGGCCUCUCUGAACCAGUCUCCCAGUCCGCGCCCAACCGAGGGACGCCAGGCUUCACGACGCAGAAGCCUCGAACUUGUCGCCGGCGCCCACGGCGAUGUAGAUGGCUUUAUUAAGGAACUCGACCAGAAGCGCCGCCAACUCGACGACCAGAUCCACAAGUUCAUCGCCCAGAAAGAGAGGGAGUUCAAACUUCACGAGCGCGAGCUGCGAACUCGCUAUCGAUCCCCGACUGCUCUCUCUACACAAUCCCCUGGAGAUGCCUCGCCCACCGUACCUGCUGAUCCGCCUGCCAAUGCUGCCGAUAGCAACCAAGACGCACAGCCUUCCAAGGAAAAGGACCACGAACGCGAAAGUGAGCUGCUAGGCUUGUUCACUCCUGCAUAUCUUCCUCUGUUGGAAAGUAGACCUCCUGGUCUCGACCGCUCUCCUUCUGCUCCUGUGCUCAGCGAUCCUGCCACUUCAACGCCCAUUCUACCUGAUCGUCAGACUCUGCAGCGUGCUAACACCGACCCUGCUGGCCAUAACAAGUCCCCAUCCUACAGGCGCGCCUUAGGUCCAAGGACCCCUUCAUCUGGUUCCGAUCAAGGGAGAAGCCUCGUUUCCGCUCUGAAGUCGCCAUCGGCUGGCCCAAGACUGUCCAACAAGAAACGUGUCUCGCUCAUUGUGGGCGAUGCCGUCGUUGCCCCGAGUGAUAACAUCUUCUCGAGUGCAGCCAGACCCUCUGACCAACCUCCAGACACUGAUCUGGUCGCUGAACACAUCGAGUUCCAGGUUCCUGUCCAACCUACGCCAGCAGCGACGCUCGAAGCAGUCCCACCACGAUCGCCCUCACUGGACAAAAUCGAGUCUAGUGUUCCUCAGAGCAUUGAAACCGGACUUCAACCUGGAGGCUUGAGCCUGGGCUUCGCCUCGGCCACCCGCGGUCCCGGCCUGGCUAACGACUCUUCACCAUCCAAGAUCAAUCCUGGCGGCGACCUAAUACUGGCUUCGCCGUUCUCCAUGGAUGAAGAGUUUGAGUCCUCCGAGAUGUACACAACCCAAAUAGAAGACAUCGAUGCAGAUCUGGACUCAGGUCUGGAUUCAGAGUCAACCUUGCGCGCAGCAAGUCCGGCUAGUCCCAGCGAUAAAGAUAUAUCACCGAUCACCGAUGCGCCCAGCCUCAACAUCCCUAUUGGGAGUUUCGGAACUUCGUCUUCUUCAUCAGCCCAGCCAAUCUCACCAGGCUUCUCAAGACCGUCUGUGCGGGAGGACCCUCAGCUGGACCUCAGUGAAACGUCAGAAGAAUUGCCUACUCCUGGGUCGCUGUACGGUUCGUUUUCCCGACCGAGCUACAGUAAGCAACAGAGCAGUGGCGGCUUGGGAGAAUCGUUCAUGCAAAGAAAUGCCGAGAAGUUGAUGCGACGCCGACAGUCGGUUCAGAGACCGUAG